GGACAUUCAGCACAGCCAUCUUUGCAUAAUUUAAUCCAGCGAUGCAACCAGCAGAGCAAGUAAUCUUCCUUGAAUACGGAUCAGGUAUGCUUCGAAGCAUCCAUCAAAGCCCCCCCCCCCCCCCCCGCCCCGCCAAGAAUUUGAACAUCCUCCGAGGGGACGGCGCCGAGGCUACUAUUGGCUGGAGAAGUUCUGACGUCAGAAAGCCAAAUGCUUAGUGUGAGCGCCACCUGCUGGUCAUCCGGAGCGGCAUCACGUAUUUGCAAAGGGAGUGGAAAAGUUUCGCCCGGGAUUCCGAGUGGCGGCAAAUUCAGAAGUUGCGGUUCUUUCCGUGCACAAAAUGGCAGAAAGGCCUAUUUGGGAGCAAAUUGGAACAAGUUUUAUACAGUUGUAUUAUCAGAAGUUUGAUUCCAACAGGGAACAGUUAGGUGCCUUUUAUACAGAUGCUUCCUGCUUAUCAUGGGAAGGGCAGCAGUUCCAAGGGAAAACGGCCAUUAUGGAAAAAUUGAUGAGACUUCCUUUCCAAAAAAUUCAGCACAACAUAACCUCCCAGGAUCAUCAGCCAACUCCUGAUAAUUGUAUCCUUAGUAUGGUUGUUGGUCAGUUGAAGGUAGAUGAUGAUCCAGUGAUGGGAUUCCACCAGUUGUUUAUCCUCAAGAAUAUUAAUGACAAAUGGAUUUGUUCCAAUGACAUAUUUAGGCUUGCUCUGUACAACUUUGCCUAAAACAUCUGUUCUCAAAUAUAUCAAGUCUUGAAAUUUUUGGUAAAACAACACAUCGUGCAAAAAUCUUUCUAAUGUAACUUUAUUUGGCUUUGUAAUUAAAAAAGGUGUAUAUUCCGUUGAAACACUAGAUGACAACAUUGGGAUGGUUCCUCCAGCAUAUUGCCUAUUUUUCUGUCUGGUGUGUGUCUCUAGUGUAUACAGUCUUGUGAGAAUGCAUUGUGCUCAACCCACUUAAACUUGGAAAAAUUAUUUUUAUAUAUAUAUAUAGUAAAAUCUUGAAGCCCUA